UGCAAGCAGAUUAAAACUAUUUCAUCUUCUGUUGGGUUUUCUUAUACACGUGUAUAUAGACCUUUAUUUUGAAAUUUGCUUGAGCUCAUCGCAGUAAGGGAAGUGUUUUGUAGAUAUUUCUACAUGAGCUGAAGUCUCCACCUAGUGGAUCAAAGUUUACUACCACGAGUUCUUCUCCAGCAGAGCUGACCUCCUCUUAUUGUAACCUGUCAAUCACUGACCUCGUGAGGAAUAUUUCUUGGUGCACAUUUACCUCCAUCAGGUGAAAAGUCAACUCAAACUUCCUCAUUUCAACAUAAACCUUUUAGUUUUCUCCACAUCAAAGAGGCUGUUUGUGUGCAGAGUGAGAAGCAGAAGGGUCGCACAGACCAUCCAGAACAGGAAGGACGACGCGGCCACACACACACACACACACACACACGCACACACAGUCUCACAAGCAGCUUCCUCUUGCUGAGGUGGGUCGGCUGCAGAGACUCUUCUUCCCCGGACGCUGCAGCAGCCUCUGCUCACUGUGGGAGACGCCAUGAGUCGCCGGGGGGUCUCCAUCAGGGACCUGGGCCCGCUGGACUGCCAGGGCUGGCUCCUCCGCAGGAAGGAGGGCCGGCGCUUCCUGGGCAGCAGGUGGGUGAGGUACUGGUUCGUCCUGAAGAAGAGUUCCCUGUACUGGUACUCCAGCAAGACGGCGCAGAAAGCAGAAGGAUUCAUCCUCCUCUCGGGCUUCACCGUGGGACAGGCCACGCCGCGCAGCAGGAAGAGACAUGUCAUAAUGGCCAGCCACCCUCUCAUUGUGACCAUCUUCAUCGCCGCUGAGAGCUUCAUCGAGAUGAAUAAGUGGAUCAGUAAACUGUCGGAGGCGGCUGAUCCGUGUGACGAGACCAACGUUGAAGGCUGCUACAGUGAGGGCAGCGACCAGGACGCCGACGAGCCGUCCUGCGCUUCCUCUUCUGUGAACUCUGAGUGCCGCGAAGACGACUCAGAGGAUGGAGACUCCACGGCGAGCGGUGACCACAGAAGAAGAAGCGGCUCGGAGGGCGGCAGCAGAAGAAGAGACGAGGCCCCGCCCCGGCUGGACGUCCCUGAGCCCGAUGGGGCCGCCGGAGGCCUGCCCCCCCCUCUGCCCCCCCCUCUGCUGCACGUCAGCGAGGAUGAGACGCAGGAGGAGGUCGUCGUCCACGAGAAGCCGCCCGACGAGAUGGAGAGCCUCUACAACCACCUGAGGGCCGCCAGCCUGUCUCCCAUUGGUCAGUCCAGUGGGCGGGACUUCAGGGCCUCCUUCAUCACACGCUGUCAGGACGACAGAGUCAACGAGCAGCUCCACCUGCUGCGGAUCCUCAGCAGCACGCUGAAGGCCAAAGAGUUGGAGCUGCUGGAGGUGGAGCAGGUGGAGCGGAUCCUCGCCGAGCCAAAGCUCGCGGCGCCUGAGUACAGGAAGUGGAGACGCUCCAACGGCAGCCUGCUGCAAGAGAUCGCUCAGCGGGCGGCGGGGGGGGGGGGCUGCUGAGCAGGUUCAAAGGUGAAGGUCGUCUCACACGCUUCUCCACCACAUCCAGCGAGUUAAACAAGUAUGAGACCCAUUCAAACUGUGACCUCGAGUCAUUACACUGCAUCCUGCAUGUGAUCGGCCCGCAGUAGAAGCUACAAGACAUGUUGAUGUGAUGUGAAGAGUCUGCACUUAACUUAGAUUCAAACCACAAAACUACUCAGUGGAGACGAAACCUUUGAACUCUUUGUUCCUUCUUUCAAAAAAAGAGUAAUUCUGUAAUCAUUUUGAAUUCACUUUUUUUUAAUGUUUUAUUGAUUUAUAACUCUGUGAUCCUUGUUUGGUCCUUUUUUUGUUUUCACAAUAUAAGAAAACCGAGAAUUAAAAAAACCCAAAAAAUUAAAAUAUUGGAUUUUAAAAAAAUAAUUAUUGUUGUCAGGAAGGAAAGCAAAAAACUGCUCCAAUAUUUAUUGAUUUUCAAACAUAAAACUAAACAAUACAAUGUUUGGAUACUUUGUCAUGAUGAAUUAAUUAAUUGUUGAUUUUUAUUUAUAACGUAUCUGUAAAUAAGUUGAACUUGUUUGUGAGAAGUUCUCUCUAAUAAAGUUUUUAUCAGGAAUCAGGAAACGUUUAUUGCCAUCAUAUGUUGGACAUACAUGGUGCAGACAGAAGACCGUACAAUAAUGACAACAUAGUGCAAAUAAGAUAAAAAUAAAAGUAUAAUAAAAUAUAUGCUAUGGGUUAGUAAGUUAGAGGAGAUAAGAUACAAUUAGAAAUAAAGAUAAAGUGCACCAGCUAAACAAAGUGACAAGUGACAAAGUGAGUAAAAUAUGAACAAAUCUUUUUGAGCCGAUUUUAACUUUAAAUCUUUCUAAAUGUUCAGUGGAAUUACAUCUAAUUUCACAUAAUCAGGUUUGUUCUGAACAAAAACCUUUUGAAAGCUUCAUCAAACCUCUGAAGAAGGUUAAAUGACAGAUAACAUCAUGUACUUGUGUUUUUAUUAACGUUAUAUAAUAGUACAACGUUUAGUGCCUCCAUGUAUUACUUUGUCUUCACAGGAAUAGAACUGUUUGUUUCUAAUGUGAAUAAACGACUUUUAUUGGAAACAACAUGAGGUGCAGUGACUGGUCCUGGCCAGCAGAGGGACGUCACUGAUGGGAUUAAACCAGUAAACAGGAUUCAUAUUCCCAACAUGUAUCACAGUGACAAUAUAAUAAAGACCAAAUGAC